AGUGUUGCUCACGCAAAUAAUGUUGUUCACGACACACGCGUUGUUAUCGUGGUCACGUCAGAUAGCAUUGUCCUACAAAACGCUAAAGCUUAUUAAACAACUUUACACAGGACAAAUGGUAUCGUGUUUAUCCGUUGAAUCAAAACAGAAGACGGUUAUUUGUUAAGGCUUAACGAAAAAAAAAAAGGUCGCGCGAAGAUUGUGUACGAUUAUAGCUAGUAGCUAACGUUAGCUAGGUUACGAAGCCAAAUAUCUGCAUAAAGUUACUGCAUGAAGUUACUUAACAGGGACAACAUGUCUAGCCUUAACAGUCGCAAUAUUUUCGAGAAAGAAACAACGUCGAUUAUGACUUUUAUCGUUGAGACGGCAGUAGCAGAAAUUAGCCAACUGUUUUUGGACAACGAAUCAAUCGCGGCGCCAAUACCAAGUAACCUGGGAAAAAAGAAACAGGUUGGCACCAUUAUGCACCUUUUGACAAAGGAGGCUGUUCGUAAAAUCUGUAGACUAUUCCUAGAAGUCUCUGCGGCUUUACAAAAUGAAAAUGAGAAGCUGAAGAUCAAGGUGGAGCAGAUGGAUAAAGAUCUGAAGGCGAUGGUUGAGAAGGGUGAGGGGCGAGAAGAACCGAAAAGACCAACCCAUAUUCUGCACAAUGGAACGAUCUUUAAAAUUAAGCCAGUUGAUCUCCCAAUGAUGCCUGUUAACAAUGUGAAGACAAACACAGUGGCCUCAGCAUUGCUCAGCAUGGGAGAUGUCAGUCAAGUAAACACUGUCAUCGUACAGGAAGAGACUACUGCGAGAAAUACAGGCUCUAGCACCGACCCUGUGAAGGAGAGGAGUGAGGUGAAAUCAGGAACUAAAACGUCAGUCAUUGAAGGUGCUGCAGAAGCUUACAGUAAACCGACAAAGACUUCUUCUCUUCUUCUCUCUGUGGGAGACUCACGUGGACUGAAUACAAAGCCCUCAUUUAGAGACACUGAAUCCAAGGGUGAACCUAUGAGAGCUGUUGUUCCAGAGGAAACAGGCAGCGGAAGAGGCAGUCAUGCAAGAGAAACAAGCAGCCGUACUGCUAAUGGCACAGAAUCCACAGAAAACAGCCACGGAAUACAGCAGAGCAUUUCCAAGCCGAGGAAACCCUUCAAGUGUGACAUAUGUGAGAAGACCUUCCACGCGAACUGUCUGUUGAAACGCCAUAUAGCAGUUCACAAUAAACCAAAGGGGCCCUUUAAGUGUGACAUUUGUGCGAAAACCUUCCGCCUGAACUGUAUGCUGACUCAACACAUGCAAACUCACUCAAAAGAGAAACCUUUCAGUUGCAAAGUUUGCGGAAAGAAGUUCCGUAGUAAGACAAAUCUGAAAUCACAUGAGUUUGUUCAUGCAGAGGUGAAACCGUUCACCUGCCUCACUUGUGGACGAGGUUUCGCAUCAAAGUACAUGCUUGACGUACACCAGCGAGUUCACACAGGUGAGAAACCAUACAGCUGUACUACGUGUGGAAAGAAUUUCAGUAUAUCUCAAAACCUGAAAACGCAUAUUAGAUCUGUACAUACAGAACGUACAGAACGCCCACACUCAUGCUCCCAGUGUGACAAGACCUUCUGGCGUCCCGUCGAAUUGCAGGAGCACCAGGUAGUUCACACAGGGGAGAAGCCAUUUAGAUGUGAAAUAUGUCAAGCUACUUUCAGCUUUAAGGAGAACCUUACGAGACACCAUCGAAUUCACACGAAGAAGAGGCCGCACACAUGUGAGGUGUGUGGAAAGACAUUCAUUCAGUCCACCAACUUAAAAGCUCACAUGCUAGUUCAUGGGGCAUUAAAACCAUUUAUGUGUGACGUUUGUGGAAAGACUUACCUUUACAAUUAUCAACUGAGAAUUCACAAGCUAUCACACGUGGCUGAUGGAGAGGGGCACUCAAGAACCAGAAAGAACAAGGCCAACCAACAAAAGCAAACCGAUCAACCAAAACCCUUCAGCUGUGAGAUAUGUUUGAAGGGCUUCAGCUCCAUCGGUUCUCUGAAAACACAUGGAAGAAUUCACACAGGAGAAAACAUAUACACUUGUUCCACAUGCGGAAAGACUUUUCUCCAUAAAGUUACUUUUGACUAUCACCAGAAAUUACACACUGGAGAGAAGCCCAAUGCUUGUGGUUGUUGUGGAAAGAGAUUUAUUACAAAACAAUCUCUUAAGAUACAUGAGCUGAUCCAUACAGGUGAGAAACCACACAAGUGCAGUGAUUGUGGGAAGACUUUCGGAUUUAUCGGUAAUCUCAAAAGGCAUGAGCGAGUCCACACGGGAGAGAAGCCUUUCAGCUGUGAUGUCUGUGGGACACGAUUCAGACAAGCCAAUCAUGUCAAAACCCACAUGCAAGUGCACACAGGAGUCAGGCCAUACUCCUGCAAGAGAUGUGGCAAGGGCUUUUCUGAUUCAAGACACUUCAAAAAGCACAACUGUGUCAGUAGCUAACACAAAUCUUCUGAUCGCACUUUCAGAAGUAAGAAAUGAGGAUUACAUGCCAUGAUGCUACAAUCUCAAUAACUUGGAUAUCAAAUAACUUGAGUCAAAUGUGUAUGAGUCUGAAUACUGCAAGACAUUGGGGUUUGUUGUGUGGAUUUCCCAAAAGAUUCCAUAAUCUUGGCAUGUAAAUGAUUUCUUUACUGUGAUGAUCAACAUCCCUAAUAUUAAUUGUCCUGUGAGACUUUUAUUCUAAUAGACAAGUCCAUAUAUUAACUACACGUUUUGUUCUUUGAAAUAGCCUUAACUAUUAGGUUGGAUGGCCUUAUGGGAUUCUUUCGGUGCAGGGAAGGAUUAACAAAUACCAUUUAUGCAGGGUAGAAACUAGGAGGGUGAUGAUGACAACAACAAAAAACUGCAGUCAUUUGUGAAAUAAACUUUACUGUUGAAACAAGAUAUUUCAAGGAUUUUACCAAAAUAAACCUGGAAUAAAGACAAUAUUACAAUA